UGUAUAUUUGUCAAAUUUAAAACCUAAACUAGUGAUUUUGCGUUUAAUAUAUAAAACGCUGCGUUCAGUUCUUCAAAAGAGACGAAUACGCGCGUUUUGAAGUUGGUUAUAUAACGGAAAGUUUCAGAGGUGAGAGAGUUUGAGAAGACGAAGAACGAAAGAAAGAUCAGAAGAAGAAGUAAGCUUGCGAUGGGUGAUGGUGAUCAUAAGCCUCCGCCUACGACGGAGGAGAUUCGCCAGAAGAUGAUCAGCUCCUUUACUACUGAGAUCACAUCUUCUUCGGAACAAGUCGCUAUACUCAUUCUUGAAGCUCAUCAAUGGGAUAUCGCCGCUGCAAUCUCCGCCUUCAGAGACGCCGUCGUCGCAGCAGCCGACGCAGCGAGGCCAAAUGUUCCUUCGCCGAUACGGUUGCGAUCACCACGGUCUCCUUCUCGUGCCUUCUCUCCUGGCGAUGGGAACAUCCUCAGCGAUUCCGAUGAAAAAGAGAACGAAGAUCCUAUGGAAUCAGAUGAUGUAGAAAGAGAUCUAUCAUCAUUACCAAGAAGACUAAAGUUCAGAAGCUUAAGCGAAAUUCUUUCGGUUAUUCCUCAAGAGAUCCCACGCACUGUCACUCUUUAUAGGAAUGGUUACACUUUCGAUGAUGAUAAUAUAUUAUGGCCAUUGGAUGAUCCCCAAUGUGCAGAGUUUCUUGAGGUCGUAGAAAGCUUGGAGUCACCACGUGCACUCGAUUCGCCAGGUGGCAAACGGCGUGUCCUUAUCACACUCAUUAGGCGUCAACAAGAAGACUUCCAUGAGCCACCAAAACCAUUCCAAGGAGUGGGAAGAACUCUAGCCGAGCCAGACUCUGUCCCACCAGCUUCAUCCGACUCACUGACCGCAGAAGCAACACCAUCAACGGAUCCCACAGCUCCAACAACCUCGAUCAAGGUCAUAUUAGCGGACGGCACACCCAUUGUCUCCCGGUUCACUACUACUCACCAUACCAUCAGAGACGUUCGAAACUUCAUUGACGCGGCUAGACCAGAUGCUUCCAGAGACUACCAAUUACUCAUCAUGGGGUCGUCUCCUCCUACACCACUGACGACUGACUUAGACCAAACCAUCGAGCAAGCUGGCAUCUCUAACGCUGUUCUCACUCAGAAGUUCUAGACCUUCCUCUUAAGCACAUAAAAGAUCAAUUCUUUAGGUUACUACACAUGUUGAUAUCAUCAAAAAACACUUUUCUGUUGUUUUGACUUGCUUCUCUGUAGGCUAAAAGUCUUUCAGGUGGUUAACCCUAAAUAAAAGUGUUUGCAAGUCUCAAAACCUUUUUAGCAAGUUUUAUGGUAAAUUUUUUUUGUACCUUCCCAUUUACAAUUCUUAACAAAAGAAAGAGGGUACACUCUGGAAGAUAUGGGUAAAAAAAACACAAAUGGAACAAAUUGUUUCUCUUUUCUUGCAACUUACCCAACUCCUAAUAAAAUUUAGAGUGACCCUAUCCCCAAAUUACAAACUAAAAGAUAGACCAUUUUCUAACACAUCUAUGUUCUUCAAGAUCAUUGCGCAU